AUGUCUCACCUCUUAGACAGCAUUUUCACCAUCACUAGCAUCUUUCACAAACAUGCAACGGAAGAUGGAGACUCCUUCUACCUCAGCCGAAGGAAGAUGAAAGAGUUCAUCCAGAUGGAGUUUGCAGAUGUCAUAACCAAGCCGCAUGACCCUCAGACGAUUGACAAGAUUCUGCACUUUCUGGAGUGGGAUGGUGAUGGGAAAAUAGAUUUUAAUGAGUUCCUGCUUUUGCUGUUCAGAGCAGCAAGGGCAUGCUACUGGUACCUGCCGAGGGGACCACGCCUUCUGCAAAGAACAAAGCUGACAACCAGUGGCAAAUCACUCCAAGAGCCUGAAACUGGGAACAGAGGGAGCCGUCGGCAGCUCCAGGAGGAGGAACGACAAACCUGUGAGAGCAAUCAUUACCCCCACUGUGAACCAGAACUGCAACGAGCCAACAGGGUCAAUGAUCUUGAAACACUAGAAAAAACAAAGAGUCAUCACCAGCAACAGAAAACACUCAGCAGAAACGAUGUAAAACAAAGCAGCGAGCUGGGGGAGCCAAUCCCUCAGGUAUACAAAGAACGAAGCCAAGAGCCAUGCGACAAACAGAACAGCCAGAGAAGACGUCAGCCACCAGAGCCAGACAGACGAAGAGAUGCACAACACUGCAAGCGCGGCAGCUUGCAAGCACAUGAGCCCGGACCGCAGGUAGAUGAGAGGCAAAAUGACGAGGGCCCUCAGCCAGAACAACUGGCAGACGUGAGGAGUCGCAGCCAGACCUCCGAACCUCAACCACAGCCAAACCAGUGGAGUAGGCAUCAGCCAAAUGAGUCACCACUACCAGCAUAUGAUCAAAAAAAUCAGCGGCCACAAGAAGCAGAUAGAGGAAGUCACAAUAAGGCACGUAAGCCUGAAUUACUCAGAGAAGAGAGAAGCCAUUACCACCUACAUAAGCUGGAACAAAAACCACUUAAACAAAGCCACCACCAGCCACAUGAGCCUGAAUGCCUGGACUCAAGACUGCCACAUCAAUCAUACAUACAAGAACCGCUAGAACUUGACCUCAGGUACUAUGACACCUUUGAGCUAGAAAGAGGUAUCUAUAAACAAGAGAAGAACCAAGAAUAUGAGCUUGAAAAUACAGAAAGUAAGAGAGGAAACCAUCAGGCUCAACAAUGGGAGGAACAAGAUGAUGGAACGAGGAAAAAAUCCAUGCAAGAGAGGAUGAUCAGCCACCAAAGAGCACUGGAGCUAGAGAUCUAUGAGAGCCAAAACCAUAGCCAAAAGUCCGGGGAACUGGAACCGCAUGAUGACGUGGACAGGAGGGACCGUCCCUGCGAGCCUCAACACGAUGGAAGGAGACAGCACGACUCAAUGAGGUAUGAAAGGACACGAGAGACCGCAGCAGCAGAAGCAGACGUGAGGAUCCAGCACGUGUCCCGGGAACUGGAGCCACGUGACGACGUGGACAGGAGGGACGGUUCCCACCAGCCUGAAGACGAUGGAAGGAGACAACGUGACUCACUGAGGUAUGAAAGGACACGAGAGACCGCAGCAGCAGAAGCAGACGUGAGGAUCCAGCACGUGUCCCGGGAACUGGAGCUGCGUGAUGACGUGGACAGGAGGGACCGUCCCUGCGAGCCUCAAGACGAUGGAAGGAGACAACACGAUGGAAGGAGACAACGUGACUCACUGAGGUAUGAAAGGACACGAGAGACCGCAGCAGCAGAAGCAGACGUGAGGAUCCAGCGUGUGUCCAGGGAACUAGGGCCAUGCGACGACGUGGACAGGAGGGACCGUUCCUGCCAGCCUGAAGACGAUGGAAGGAGACAACGUGACUCACUGAGGUAUGAAAGGACACGAGAGACCGCAGCAGCAGAAGCAGACGUGAGGAUCCAGCGCGUGUCGCGGGAACUGGAGCCGCGUGACGACGUGGACAGGAGGGACCGUUCCUGCCAGCCUGAAGACCAUGGCAGGAGACAACGUGACUCACUGAGAUAUGAAAGGACACGAGAGACCGCAGCAGCAGAAGCAGACGUGAGGAUCCAGCGCGUGUCGCGGGAACUGGAGCCGCGUGACGACGUGGACAGGAGGGACCGUCCCUGCGAGCCUCAAGACGAUGGCAGGAGACAACGUGACUCACUGAGAUAUGAAAGGACACGAGAGACCGCAGCAGCAGAAGCAGACGUGAGGAUCCAGCACGUGUCCCGGGAACUGGAGCCGCGUGACGACGUGGACAGGAGGGACCGUCCCUGUGAGCCUGAGGACGAUGGCAGGAGACAACGUGACUCACUGAGGUAUGAAAGGACACGAGAGACCGCAGCAGCAGAAGCAGACGUGAGGAUCCAGCGCGUGUCCCGGGAACUGGAGCCGCGUGACGACGUGGACAGGAGGGACCGUCCCUGCGAGCAUGAAGUCGAUGAAAGGUCACAUGAGCCAUGUCACAGAACCGCUUGCGAGCCCUCAGAUGACCAAGAACGGAGGAACCACAGACUUUUACACGAGGAAGAAGCACGUGAGCCUAACAGGUGCUGGACACAAGAGGAUGAAGGACGACUGCACGAGAAGAGCCUCUACCAAACCGUGGAGGUUGAUAACAGAGACCUCUGCCCACCAGGAGAGCAGACAUCUGUCACUGACAUGAGGGUCCUUUAUAUCCCUGCUGAGCCCAAUGUACAGCCAGCGGUGCGGGUCCUCCCUCAGUCCUGCGAGCCUCAGACCAUUGCAUACUUGAUCCACGUGAUCCAGAAUUUGAAUGAUCCUGACGCUACAACCUACGAGAUUGUCUGCCACCAGCCCCACGACCUGGGGCAGCCUGUCUAUGUGAAGAAGUGCUAUGUGUCACCCCAGCCACCAGCAGUGCUGUGUGACCGGAGCAGCCAGCCAGAGUCACGAGCCCAGAGCGAUGAGAGAGAACCAGGGGAGCCUGAAGCACCACGGCAGGAGGGCACACCAGCUUCCAGCUCCCAGGAAAACACAGGGGAUCUCGAUGAGCCACAGGAGAGGUCUGAAACAGGGGUGAAGGAAGGGGCUCAACUGGUUUCUGCCUCCGAGCCGGAUGGUGUUAAGGAUGACCAUGGCCGGGCAGAGCCCAAUGAGGACAGGAGGGAUAGCCAGCACCCCAAGAUGCCUGACACAGAAGAGAAGGAGGAUCAGCCCCAGGAAGAUGGAUCAAAAGCUGCCAGGGAGGGGGUACCGCAGGAGCCUGAAUCCAGCUGCCAGGUGAGUGAGCGUGAGGACACAGAGGCCAAGAGCUGCCCACCUCUGUCCCAGGCUCCAGAGCCACGGGAAGCUUGUGAGCUGGACUGGCAAGCUGUGGACGAGAGCCGUCCCAAGCCAUCCCGGAGAGAUGAAUCCAGCCCCUGCCAUGAGAAUGCAGAGCUUUCCCCACCGGAGAAGAGCCGCCAGCCACCUCAGAAGGAGAACAGCAAGAAGAGCCCCCGGCAAGUGAGCGAUGCCCAGCCUCAAUGGGAGCAGGAACAACGUGUUUGCACCAAGCAGAGCCAGGGCCCUCCUGGACCCCCGGUCUCGCAGGAGGCACCGAGCUGUCCUGUCGGGGAUGAAGCCAAGGCAUCUUAA